AUGACAUUACUCAAGGCGACAACAAGCAUGCUUCCGCGUACGGCUAUGGCUACUCACUUGGUGGCUCGCAGGACGCUUGUCACCAGCGCGGUGCGAGCUUCGGGAGGAUUCAACCGUCCCGGCCCACCGCCUCUUCCGGCGCAGGAGCAGAAGGAGUUUGAGAACCUGGUAAAGCAGAAGCAGAAUGCAUCGCCGUUCCUGGCAUCGGAUCCUGAGAAGGGCGACAUGCACCCCGACGCGCGCAGGAAACCCCGCCCCGAGUUUGAGGGCGAAACCAACCCGAGCACGGGCGAAAUCGGCGGCCCCAAGAAUGAUCCACUCAAGUACGACAAGGAAUGGACCUACGGCGGCCGUGCCACCGACUUCUAG